CUGCGGCUCUUGGUCAGGAGAGGAAUGGUCAGGAAGCGAGGCCAGGUCAAGAAAUGGAACCGGACGGCGAUUCUGAGCGACGAGCUCAUUGCCGCCACCAUAGGGGACGUCGACUGGCUACGGCUGAGCCUAAACAAGGCAAAGGGCAAAGUGGCAGUGGAUCGGAAUGGUUACAACGCCGUGCACUACGCUGCUCAGAACGGGCGUCUGGAGUGCCUGCGGGUACUGCUGGAGGAGUACAACAUGGAUGUGAACCUGCCUGACCUCCAGGGCUACCGGCCCAUCCACAUGAUCCUCAACAAGGAAUGUCAGUUCUGUGCAGAACACUGCCUCAACUACCUGCUGGAUAUCGGCGCCGACCCUAACGUGCAGACCAUCGAUGGGCAGUCUCCACUUCACCAGGCCGCCGAGGUUGGCUUACUAGACUGCAUCACCACACUGGUGGAAGCGGGAGCCAAUGUCAAGGCUAAAGAUAGGAAAGGGCAGAUACCCUAUGACCUUGCUAAGCUCUGGGGUCACCGGACAUGUGCAAGGUACCUGGCCAGCCUGGUCUGGAAAUCAAAUGACAGGGAUUUCCUGAAAGAAAUGCGGAAGCUACAAAGGCUGAAGCUGGUCUUGCUCUUGGAUGAACAGUGGCUGCACAACAUCCAGCAGGAGGAGCGCGAUCAGUUAACCGAGGACCGGUACACGUUGUGGUUAGAGAGGAAACACCUGCCUGACACAGCGAGGAUCUCGCCCAGCCUCUACAAACCGCGCAGCACUUUAGCGGAGGAGACGCUGAGGCAGCUGAGGGAGGCGAUCAGCACCACUGAGACCAUGGGCACCGAGCCGGUGCUGCAGCUCGCAAAGCCCAAGAGUGCCUGCCGACCAAGGGCUGCCGGAAAGGAGGGACGGGCAGCCGCCAGGAUCGCAGCUUGCUGGCCAGGACCGGCACCAGGCCCCGGUCACAAGCUGGCUUCAAGCCCAGCACUAGCUGACGAGGACGUCUUUGACCUCAGGACCCUAGUCCAGCAGCACGACUUUGGUCCCUUCUACGAGCUGGAGGUGAACAGGGCCCGCCUUCCACAGCUCAGGGCAAAGGCAGGCCCCAGGGUAACAAAAGCUCUGCCCAAUCUGCCCCUCCACAUCCUACGGCGAGAGCUGUUUCCUGGUUCCAUCUCCCACCGAAUAAAGAUCCCCAAGGAAUUCAAAGCGGUUCACGUCUUCGACCUUCCCAGGAAAAGACCCUCGGGCAAGAGUCGAGACAUGCAGGGGGAGUGGCUGGAGCUAGGCCUGCCCUCCCUCUCCUUCACCUCCACCACUACCAGUAAGAGCAGCACAUGUUCCCACAAGUCUGCCUGGCUCCCGGGCACAGCCAGCUCACCUCGAGGGGAGGAAAGAAAGGAAAUCCUUGAGGAAGGCAGCCCUGAGGCUCGAGCUGAGAGCCCCCAGGAGCACUGUGAGCCCUGAGCUGUAUCUUCCAUCAGUACAUUGCUCAUGCUACAGGGUGCUUGGGAUUCCUGAGUCUUACUAAGAAUCACACAAAGUUGUGUCUUCGGAUCACAGUUAGAUCUCAAAGCCAGAGCAGCUGGUCACUAUAUCACUGAAAGCUCUCUCGGGCUCUUCCCCUCUCUCUGAACUUAGACACCCCCUAAUCUUAAUGACAAGAACCCCUCUCACAGACUCCACCCUGUCAGUGAAUCCCCACCCACAGCCAUGGACAACCCUUUCACAGAAUCUUCCCCACCGGCCAUCCACAUACUAUCUCGAUACGGGUUUGAACAACCACUGAAUCUCCACCUACAGAACCUAGAUCAUUACUCUACAGGCCCUCUGGCCCACAAUGUUGUGCCGAUUUAGCAACCUACUCCAAGAUCAAUCUAACCCUUCCACAUAGCCCUCAAUUUUUCUUUCAUCCAUGUGCCUGAGUGUCUAUUAAAUGCCCCUAAUGUAUCUGUCUCUACCACCAACCUGGCAGCAUGCUCCACACACUCACUACUUUCUGUAAAGUACCCAUCUCUGACAUUUCCCCCCUGCCACCACCAUAUUUUCCUCCAAUCCCCUUAAAAUUACAACCCCUCAUACUAGCCAUUUCCACCUUGGGGGAAAAAGUCUCUCAACUAUCUACUCUAUCAUUGCCUCUUAUCAUCUGGUACAGCUCCAUCAAGUCAUCUCCAGUUCUCCUUCACUCCAAAGCUCACUCAGUCUCUCUAGAUGAUGGGAUUUACCUUCCUUCUGCCAAUGGACACACUCCCCACAGACUUUAUCUUGAUAUGAAGGGUCAAAAAGCUGGUGUUUAAACCUGGCCUGGAUUUGAUCUGAAUUGGAACACACACCAACCAGCAGAGACACCCAACUCUGGAUCCAAAUCCCAGUUCUGACUGCAGUGCCAGUCAGAGCUCCCCAUGGAACAGACGGUGAAACUCGCGUUCACACUGAACUGGUUGAGAAUAUUCUGUCUGCAAUUUCAAAUAAAACCAGUAUGGCUACAGGUUUAUUGUACUCUUUACGUCUCACAACACAGGGGCACUUUUGUCCAGUCUUGCAUCCUUAGCAUCAAAGGCCAAUGAUGCCUUAUGAACUGACCUCAGUAGAGGGGAGGUGGUUCUGGGAUUUCUGUGCCCACCCCCACCCCCGUCACCAGGGGGUCUGUGUGGCUCUCUGUGAAAGCCCCUACAGUGAGGUGAGUUCACAACAAUGCUCUUGAAGGCCUGACCCAGUUAGAACUCGAACCCUACAAUACAGUACAGGCCCUUCAGCCCACGAGGUUGUGCUGAUCUUUUAACCCACUCCAAGAUCAACCUAACCCUUCCCUCCCAAAUGGCCCUCCAUUUUUCUGUCAUCCAUAUGCCUAAAACUUCCUUAACUGUCCAUAAUGUAGCUGUCUCUGGCAGUGCAUUCCAGGCACCCGCCAGUCACUGUGUAAAAAACCUACCUCUGACAUCCACCCUAUACUUUCCUCCAAUUACCUUAAAAUCAUAAACAAAAGAAAAUCUGCAGACUGCUGGAAAUCCAAGCCUGAAACGUCGACUGUACAUAGAUGCUGCCCGGCCUGCUGAGUUCCUCCAGUAUUUUCUGUGUGUUGCUUGGAUUUCCAGCAUCUGCAGAUUUUCUUUUGCUGUGAUUGGACUACUACACUGAGAAAUCUCUUCCAGAGAUGCCUACCCUGAAGAAGUUUAAAUCUUCCCUUCCACGGGAGUUCAAUGAAACCCUCUCUCACUGCUCCUCCUCUAUGACCGUAAAAUUAUACCCCAUCGUAUUAGCCAUUUCCACCCUGGGAAAAAGGCACUUACUGUCCACUCUAUCUAUGCCUCUUACCAUCUUGUACACUUCUAUCAAGUCACCUUUCAACUUCCUUCACUCAACCUCUCCUUAUAAGACAUACUCUCUAAUCCAGGCAGCAUCCUGGUAAAUUUUCUCUGCACCCUCUCUAAAGCUUCCACAUCCUUUCUAUAAUGAGGUGAUCAGAACCAAACACAAUGCUCCAGUGUGAAACACAAGGCAGUGUCGGGUACUGCACCAAGAAAAUUAGCUUGCCAAGUCCUUGAAUUCAACUCAAGAAAUCAGAGCUGUUUUAAUUAUGAUAACUCAGCACUUGAGAAAUUAAGUUUCAGAAUAAUUUCAGUAAUGAAGAAACAUGCUUGCGACCACAACCCAUCUCCCCCACUCCGUCCCUCAGUGACCCCUCUCCCCCAGCACUGUGUCAUGGACUGUAUCCCCCACUAACAUUAAUCCAGCUUCCCCACACCGUCCCUCAGUGACCCCACUCCCCCAGCGCUGUCACCAACUGUAUCCCCCACUGACAUUAGUCCAGCUUCCUCACACCGUCCCUCAAGUGACCCCACUCCCCCAGCGCUGUGUCACUGUUUCCCCCACUGACAUUAAUCCAGCUUCCUCACACCGUCCCGCAAGUGACCCCACUCCCCCAGCGCUGUGUCACCGACUGUAUCCCCCACUGACAUUAAUUCAGCUUCCUCACACCAUCUCUCAGUGACCCUUCUCCCCUAGUGCUCUGUGUCAUUGACUGUAUCCCCCACCAACACUAAUCCAGCUCUCUCACACCAUCCGUCAAUGGCCCCUCUCCCCAGCACCCUAUUAAACCAACUGUAUCCCCACCGACAUUAAUCUAGCUCCCUCAGUGACCCCUCUCCCCAGUACUCCAUGU